GUUAAAUUAAAUCUCUGCUUAAGUACGCUAUCUUUUUCGCGAUCGGUUUGAAGAGGGAGCCCCCCGAACGCCUGAAAAACAGCGAGAACGCGCCUCGGUGGACCGGAGCGAAGGGUGAGCGAGCGUCUUAGAGAGCGACCCCCAGGACCCAAGGAGCCGCCGUGAGCACCAUGUCGGACUACGAGGAGGAGGACGAGAAGUGGGUGCAGUGGUUUUGCAGCCUUUCUGGCAACGAGCCCUUCUGCGAGGUGGCGCAGAGUUACAUCGAAGACUCGUUCAACCUCUACGGCCUGCGCGCCAUGGUGCCCAACUACCAGGAUGCGCUCAACAUAAUCCUUGAUUUGACAGAUAUCCCUUAUGAUGAUGACGUCCCGGCAUACGCUGCGGAGCUCUAUGGACUCAUUCACGCCAGAUAUAUUAUCACGGCACAUGGACUGGAUGCCAUGAUGAAGAAGUACCGGGAAGGUGACUUCGGUAUGUGCCCCAGAGCGCUGUGCGACGGCCAACCUGUUGUGCCGGCGGGACUGCACGAUGAGUGGAAAAAGUCAGAGAUGAAGGUGUAUUGUCCUAAAUGCCGAGACCUAUACACACCUGCCAGCGAGUAUCAGACCCCUGCAAUUGAUGGAGCGUAUUUCGGUACGACGUUCCCGCACCUGUUUUUCCUGACAUACAAAGAGCUAGAACCUGCUCCGUCCACAUUGCUGUACGUGCCGCGGGUGUUUGGCUACAAGAUUCACAACAAAUCGGAGAACCGCCGACGCCUAGCAAUCCUCGCAAAAGAGGACGAGGACGAAGAGAAGACCCAACAGCAGGUGAGCAAACACUGACAAAUGAAACCACGGCUUUUCGCCCUUGCAUGUGUGAGUGAAUGAAUGCAUCCCAACCGGAUGAACCCCUGGGUGUUACCUACCAUUAUCGUCGUGGUGGUAACGAAGAUGGUCUCUGUCGCCCUCCCUGCUUAGCUGUGCAGUGCUUUGGACGGGAUAACGGGCGCAAGAGUACCAGAAAAUGGGAAGAGUGGUUGUGUGCCGUGUGUGCAUUUGCGUGCUUUUUAGGGCGUGCCGGUCAAUGAGGUGGUUCGACUUAUGUGUCUAUCUACCUCUGUUCUGUUUUAACAGAAGCUGUAAUUAUGUGUGUUGCCUUCGGUAGCGACGGACUCUGACAGGAUCCAGACGGAAGGGCGCGGCCGACUCGACUGCCGACGGGUCAUCGUCGAGGGUGAAGAAGCGGACAAAGCAAGAGGUUUGAAGCGUUCCAGGCUUCACAAAAGGCGUUGGUUGCGUCCGGCGAUGGAGGAGACAAGAGUGAGCAAUUGGAGGGUCGAUUAACUGCUAGUGGAGGGAGCAGUAAACCGAAGGAAACAAGAGAGGGGUGAUUGGGUGGUGAACAAAGCGGUGGAGACGGGGGAGACGAUAAGAAAAGAGGAGCGCACCCAAGAAACAAGAGAGUGCAAGCUAGCUAGCCUGCCAGGCGGGCGCGAGGACGAAGAUAAUCAACACAAGACUGAGGCGGUUCAAUCACGACGAGUCUUGCGAGAUCGAAUCAACUCGCACCUAGCGAAAUUGACUUUGGGGUGGCGAGUUGAAGGCCAAGCGUCUGUUGGUCGCGGCUGGUGAAGCUUUCGUAGCUGUGCUGUCGGGUAGCUUGAGGGCACUUAUUAGCGGAAAUAGUAUAGUAAUAAAGUGAGCAUUCUCUUCAUCAAGGGUUAAAGUGUCCA